UGAAUGGCGCAGCGAGUACGCGCUGAGGAGGAGUACGUGCCGACCUAAAUGUUACCCAGCUGUUUACCUACUGCCUUACUUCCAACACGGAUUCUUCUACAACUUUACAAGUCUUUUUAGUACAGAAUAUUAGUUAGACGGUCGUACACUGACAGUAUGAGGGUAGCUGUUAUAGGAACUGGGGCUGCGGGCCUGUGUGCCUUACGGCUUCUCAAGGCACACCCACGGGGUUUCUGUCCGGUGGGGUUCGAGCUUAGUGAAGAGGUAGGUGGAACAUGGAAUUACACAGAUAAAACCGGAACAGAUGAGCGAGGCCUGCCGAUUCAGUCUAGCAUGUACAAGAACCUCAGAACGAACCUUCCGAAGGAGAUCAUGGCAUUUCCUGACUUCCCGUUCGACUCAAGACUGCCGUCUUUCGUCCAUCACACCGAUGUCGCCGAAUACCUUCGACGAUACGCAGAACAUUUUGACCUCCACAAAUUCAUUAAGUUCAAGACGGUGGUUGAACAUGUCUCACCAGUGUGUGAACCAAACACUCCGGCCGUCAAAUGGAAGGUGGCGUAUUCUGCAGCAGACGAUAGGGAGAAGCAGACGACAGAAGAGUUUGAAUCUGUUAUCGUCUGCAAUGGGCACUAUUCCACACCGCUGAUACCCGACACCCCAGGGCUGGAUGUGUUCGAGGGGGAGGUUCUUCAUAGCCACAACUACAGGAUCCCGUCAGCGUUCAGGGGGAAGAGGGUGGUUCUCCUGGGAGCGGGAGCCUCGGGGCAGGAUAUCGCCAUCGACGUCAGCUCAGAGGCCAAAGAGGUGUUCCUAAGCAGCAGAAAGGACCCACUACAAUGUCCGUUGCCGGAAAACGUUCAUUUAGUUCCUGGAAUAAAGCGUUUAAAGGAAAGAUCAGUGGUUUUCGAUAACGACCAGGAAGCUAAGAUCGACACUCUUCUCUUCUGCACCGGUUACGAGUAUACCUUCCCUUUCCUUGACCCCAAAAUAGGGGUCAAGGUCGACGAAGACCAACGUGUUACUCCCCUUUACAAACAUUUAGUUCAUUCCAAGUUUCCAUCUUUGUUUUUGAUUGGAUUGUGUAAAACUAUAUGUCCUUUCCCACAAUUCCACGUCCAGACAAGUACCGCGAUAUCCAUUCUUGGCGGAACUGUUCAACUGCCAUCAAAAGAGGAGAUGGAGGCGGAUGAAGCCAAUGAUCUUGCUGAUCGCAUAGCACGUGGGUUGCCAAGGAGACACGCGCACGAGAUGGGUCCUCACCAAUGGGAAUACAAUGCCCAGCUGGUACAGCUAGGCGGAUUCCAAGAUCCAAUUCCACCCAACGUGAAAAUCAUCUAUGAUUACGUACACAGAACCAGGAUACAGAAUUUGGUUGGAUACAAGAAAGAAAAAUAUGUUCGUGUUGGAAACGAUAACUUCCAUGUGGAGAGAUACUUCUCAAAGGCGUCAAGGCAGCCAUGGUCACAAGAACGGACAAAUGCUAAUGGUACCAUUCACUUGGAAGAGUUAUUGCCUCUGCUGCAGGAACCACUGGGACUGCACGAAGAAGUGGAUGACACUUUCGCCAUCUUUGAUCCUGCCCACGACCCUGCAGUCCUCCUAGAUCACCUCAACAAACAGCACAGCCACAUCCAGUUCACCAUGGAAAUUGAGGAUCAACACAAGCUGCCCUUCCUUGAUGUAUCCCUUGACAAUUCAUCCAAGAUCACUCCCUCUGUCUACAGAAAACCAACACACACUGACCAGUAUAUUCAUUAUCUAUCCAACCACCAUCCACAAAUAAAACAAGCCAUAGUUUCAACCCUAACCAGACGCGCCAAGGCUAUCUGCGACCCAGCCCAACUCCAAGAUGAGAUCGACCACCUCAAAACAACCUUCAUCACCCUCAACGGAUAUCACAAACAACUUGUAGGGCAGACCGUAGCCACAAUCCUCCAUCAACAAAAUGACCAUCCACCCAAACCCGAACCAGCUCCCAUCCGGAUCAACAUUCCCUACAAAGGCCAGAUUAGUCAUCACAUCAGCCGACUUCUUAGAAAAACUGCCAGUGUUGAUCCGAUGUUUCGUAAGAUCUGUCCUACUGUUUUCACGUGUCUUAGGUUUGUCGAGUUCUACCAAAGACGCUGUAGUUCCUUGUUUCUACACAGAAAUAUGCCGAUACGAGUGGCCGUGAUCGGCGCGGGUGCAGGUGGGCUGUGCGCCAUGCGGCACCUGUUGGCCAGGCCGGACGUUUUUGAGGGGGUCUGUUUUGAACAGUGUCCGCUAGUUGGAGGUACAUGGGUGUACACAGACAGAGUUGGAACUGAUGAAUACGGACUUCCGGUACACUCCAGCAUGUACAAAAACCUCAGGACAAAUCUGCCAAAAGAAGUAAUGGCAUUUCCUGACUUUCCUUUCAAGGAUAGUUUACCAUCUUUCAUAUGGCAUCAUGAUGUCCUGCAGUAUUUACAAGACUACAGCGACCACUUCAAUGUCACUGACAAAAUCAAGUUUCAGACCAGAGUAGACUGUGUACGUCCUCUGAAGGGUAACAACUCAGAACCACAAUGGGAAGUGCAGUUUUGCAAUGUUCUCAAUCAAACAAAGAAACAGACAGAAUUGUUUGAUGCCGUCAUUGUGUGCAAUGGGCAUUAUUCCAUCCCCUUGGUGCCAGACAUUCCGGGUCUGGACAAGUUCAAGGGUCGUGUGUUCCACAGCCACGACUAUCGGGAGCCUGAUUCCUUCAAGCAGCAGCGUGUGGUUUGUCUUGGUGCUCAGUCGUCUGGCAUGGACAUCAUGGUGGAGCUAAGCACCAUGGCUCAGACAGUGUUCAUCAGUCACAACAAGGCCCCCCUUACAUCCAAAUUACCCCCCAACGUAGAACAGAAGCCCGGGAUAGCCCGCUUCACGGAAGAUUCAGUUAUCUUCUCCAACGAGGAUGAACAAAAGAUUGACUCUGUUGUUUUCUGCACUGGAUACAAAUACACUUUCCCAUUUCUGUCUGAAUCUUGCAAUCUCAAGAUAGAAAAUGAAAGAGUUACCCCCCUUUACAAGCAUAUACUCCAUACAGAAUUCCCAACACUGUCUUUUAUAGGAAUUUGCAAAGUUGUCUGCCCCUUCCCUCAGUUCCAUUUUCAAGUUCUUGUCGCUCUAUCAGCAUUGGAUGGAUCCUUGAAGUUGCCGUCACGGAAUGACAUGGACUUAGACAUAGAGAAGGACUAUCAACAUCGCCUCUCUCAAGGACUGCUCCCUCGGUAUGCACACCACAUGGGCCCGAGGCAGUGGGCGUACAAUGAUGAACUUGCUGAUAUGGCCCAGUGUCCGAGGUUGGAUCAGCAAGUGAUGGACCUUUAUAACACAGUGCAUGAAUGGAGGUCAAGAGAUGCAGCCACAUACAAGAAAAUGAACGUUACACUAGAGAAAGCCUGAUGUUUCCAGAGCUGUGAAUAAGUGAACGGUUUUAAAUGAUAUAGCGUUUCAAAUCCAGGGAAUGACUGUGAUCCUUUUAAAAUGCAUAUUUUAUCAACUCUGCUGCUGUAAAAAUGGUUAAUGAUAUUCAGGUAUGCAUGUACAUACACAGAAUAUUUACUCUAGUCUUUUUACGUGAUCAAAUGAUGUAUCUGACUGAUAUAAAAUAUUAUUAUUGUUA